AUGGAAAGAAUAAAUCAUUAAUAAAACCUAAAUUAAUCUUUAAUUUUAUAAGAAACUCCUUAAAUGGAAAAUCUUGAAAAGCUAGAAUAGCUUUUCAACGAAGAAUUAGCAAUCUGCUAAAAAGAAUUUGAUUAGGUUAUAGGAUUUUAAACAUUUAUAAAUUUGUAAAUAAUUAGGGAAUGUGCCGCUUACGUAACUUAAAAUAGGAAUAGCAAAAAUAUUAUUUAUAGUAAACAGAAAGAAAAACUGGAAGUAAUUGAAAAAACGAUCAUAAAUUAGAAGGUAAAUAGUAUAAUCAAAUAGAUAAAAGAUUAAUGGGUAAACCAAUUAACUAAUAUCCUUAAAAAUAUUAGCUAUUUUAUGGAUUUAGAGAGUUGGAUUUCAUAAUAAUAAGAAGAUAAUUAGCCUACAACUAAACAGAUUUUAACAGCCUUAGAUAAAAAACCAAAAGAGAAAGAAUAAUUUAAAAUGAGUGAUAUAGUACAAUUUUAAUUGGCAAACUCAUUUAUUGAAACGUUAAGAUUAAAGCUGAUUUACUUUUAUACUUUGAAUGAUUUUAGAGAAUAUAAUUUUCAGAAUGAUUAUCAAUAUGAGCUUGAAGAGUUGAACAAUAAUCUAAGUGAUAUUGUUUUAGAAUAAUUUAAAUAAAAAUAUAAAAACUUAUAUCAAAAUAAUAGCUAUUUAUUGAAAGCUUUUAUAGAUAGUAUUUCCCCUUAUAUUAAAUAAAAAGUUUAAGAAGAUACAAUUGAAAGCUAAAACAACAUAAGAACUCUUAUUAAGCUUAAAUUAGAAUAUUAAAAAGGAUUAUCUUAAGAUAUCAAGAUUUUUUUGUGCAAAGAGUAUUAAGUAGAAGAAAUAAGUGAUUUAUUUUACAAGAACGAACUCCAAGAUCUUCAACACAAAAUUGAUAUCUAAUAUAGUGAAGCAAUUAUUUAGAUGAAAAAGCAAUAAACAAACAUUAGAAAUGCAGAAUUUGAAUAGUAAAUGUAGAAUAUAAAAAAUUUAUUAAUAGGAAAGCCUUUUAAAAGUUUUUAGAAUUAGCAAGAAAUAAUAUAUGUAGUUUAUUAUAUUAUCUACUAUGCUCAUGUAUAAAGUAUUUUGCCAUUAAAUAUUAUAAAAUCAAUUUUAGACUAUUUGUGCAAUCUUGUAAAUAAUGAAAGUUCUUAAAGCAUUUAGUUGGCACUAAACAAUCUAAAUAAUUAUUAAGAUUUUAAAGAAAACAAUGCAAAUAUAAUUAAAGAAGGAGCUGGAAAAUUUGUUUAGAUAAUGUUAAAUAGCAGCAAAGAUGAAUUUUUUUUAUUACUCACUUAGUUUUACAUGAUAAUUUCCAACAUUUAAGUUAACGAUUCUAAAAAAAUUGUUGAAGUCUAGCCUUACUAUGGUUAUUUGUAUGAAUUGAGGUAUGAAAUACUUAAGCCCUUAAACAAAUAAUUUCCAUAACACAAAAUCACCUUCUUUUUUAAUUUCCUUGAUUCCUAUUUAGAAAAGAAAAUGAUUUAUCAGCUAGGCACUUACUCAUAAUUUGAAAACAUUGCAUAAAAUUCAGGUUAUUUAGUCAAAUUAAGUCACGAUAGCCAAGAUUAUGAAAUACUUCAUUUAUUAAGAACUGAGAUAAGUAAGCAAGGCUAAGACUUUAAUGAAAGAGUUUAACAAAAGUUUCAAGCAGCCAUGAAAUAUUUUAAAAUAGAGUGUAUAAAGCAACCUUUACCGAAUAUGUUCCAACUUUAAAAAGUUAGCCAUUGCUAAAAACGAAGCAGAAAUGUGAUUAUUGCAAUUAGUGGGUUUACUUCUUAAGAUGAAGAUAAAUAGAUAAAGUGGAAAGAAUUAGAUGAUUUAUAUCCUGAUUCUGAAAUUUAUGCAUUAGAAUAUGAGUCUUUAACUGUUUAAUAUGUAUUUGAUUCUGUAAAAUCAAACGCUUUUUCAUCUUUAAUUAUUCCUGGUGGAAAAAUUUUAAAAUUAUUUCAAUUUGUGGCAUCUUCUGUGCUGGAUAAUCCUUUCAGUAAAGCAUUUUCUCAGGCAGAACUUUCAGGUUAAUAUUUAGCACACUUUUUACAUAAAGGAAAUCUAUUUCCUAAUUGUUCCAUUUCAUUAAUUGGAUUUAGUUUAGGAACACAGGUAAUUGCUAGUUGCUUGCAUGAAUAUAAAAAAUUGAUAACCUUUUCUUAGUAGCCAAGCAUGAUAGCAUCAGUUGUGUUUAUGGGGGGAGUUGUUGACAUCAACUACAUAAAAAGAACUUAUCUAACAGAGGUAGUAUCUCAUAGAGUGUUUAAUUGCUACUCAAAAAAAGAUUCAGUCUUAAAAUACUUGCUAAAAGUUGUUUAAUUUAAGAGUGUCCCGAUAGGUUUAAAUCCUAUAGAAGAUUUAAAUAAUCAAAGCAGUCAAUCUAAAAUAAUUAAUCUUGAUUUUACUCAUUAAAUUGAUGGCCACCUUCCAUUUAUGUCAAAUGUUACAAGUAUUUUGUACAACAUAGAUUUUAGGCAAGAAAUGCUAACAAAAUUUAAGGACAAAUAGUUGAUUCUAGUAGAUUGA